UGAUAUGCAGGUUUAUUUAUACAUUCUUUGCACUUGGAGCUUCUUUGAGUUUGAUUACAUGCUUUGGUCACAUUGCUGCUGAGACUGUUAAUGGUUGCGGCCUUUUUUCUUAUGCACUGUUCGUCUUUUUGUUUUUCAUGCUAGAAGUUGCAGUUUCGGUGGACAUAUUUUUGGACAGCAACUGGGAGGAGGACUUUCCAGAAGACCCAACUGGGAACUUUGCUGACCUGAAAGAUUUUAUAAGAAAAAACUUUCAGAUGUGUAAAUGGAUUGGCUUCUCUCUCAUUACCAUACAGGUAUUAUGUAUGCUCUUAGCUAUGAUGCUCAAAGCUCUUGGACCAGAUCAUGAAGCAGGUUAUGAAAGUGAAGAUGAUUAUAUCCCUGAAGGGGUCCCAAUAUUGACUAAAUACGCUUCUCGGCCACCUGUUGUUGUCGUUGAUCAUUUCCACGGUUCUAGGAAUGUUUCAUAUAGCGUAAAAUUUAACAGGUAAGGCUAAUGUUCAUCAUUUCAGUUCAAGAGGAAUUGUUUGCAUUCAUUAGCUGUUUGAUAAUCAAGAAAUAGUAGUUUUUUGUGUUGUGUCAUUAUGUGAUAUAUACGAGCACCCAUACCUAGUGCUUAAAUUGGACACUGAUAGUCAGACACUGGUGUCUCACUCUUUUGUUGAACAUGUCCUCUAGACCUUGCUCAAGUACUUGAAUUACGUAAUAAACUAUAAAUGAUCUCUUGGACUCAUGAUUUUAAAUCUCAUACUUCUUGAGCCGACUUUGAAUCUGCUGGUUUGAGUUAAUAGAUUGAUCAGGUAUGGACUCUGUUGGACUUUCCACAUAUCGAGGUCGGAAUGGGAUGCUUCCUUGCUAGAUUAGAAGCCAAACAAGCUGUAAUUCAAUAUGUAAUUUUCAUAUUUUUCUAACAAAACAUCAAUCUACGUUGUCCAAAGAUGAAAUUCUUAAUGAUACUUGGUUAAGACAUUUUGUAUCAUAUUCCUCAAAAUUAGUAUAAUUUAGGACAUUAUAUAGCUACUCUCUUGGAGAUGCUCUUAAUAAGUCUAGACUUUUGAGACAUGUGAAAACUUGAUGUUCUUGUUGAGCCCAUUUAGUGUUUUAUAUUGAUAAGGGUGCAUGUAAUUCCAAGCACAUUCUAUCUGUGUCCUGAUCUUGGCAGCUCAGUGUAUAUCAUUCAUAUUUGAUCAGUUUGUAGCUCUGAAUGUCUCUAGCAGUCAUGAGGUUUCCUUUGUAAACUACUGCCGAGUACAAAAGAGAUAUUACUU